CUCACCUAUAGUUUUAAAGGAGUGAACUCGUGUGAGGGAUGAUCCAGUGUGGAUAGAGCUGAGAGCAGAGUUGAGGGAUGGGAGCUCUGCGCUUGCUCUCACCACUCCAUUUCACACACUGUGCAUAUGGGGAGAGGAGGACAGAAGUGACAGGGGCACGAGCAAGGGCGAGGACAAGGAGCAGUGCCAUUAGCCCACUUCGCUCAUCCUCUCUUCCUCUGAAACACAGUGAAGGAGAGAGCAUAACCCCGCGUUCCCAAGAUUUCAAUAUGUGGUAUUUGGACGUGGUAGCAAGCGCAGAGCUUGCUGACUACGGUCCUGUGAGGGGCACCAUGGUCAUACGACCCUACGGUUAUGCCAUCUGGGAAUUCAUCCAGACUUAUUUGGAUGCUAAAUUCAAGGAAACUGGUCACUCCAACAUGUAUUUCCCCCAGUUUAUUCCUUAUUCCUUUAUCGAAAAAGAAGCCAGCCAUGUAGAGGGUUUCAGUCCCGAGCUUGCUCUGGUUACUAUUGGAGGUGGGAAGGAACUAGAAGAGAAGCUUGUGGUACGACCAACAAGUGAAACUAUUGUAAAUCACAUGUUUACUAAAUGGGUGCAUAGCUAUCGGGAUCUUCCUCUAAUGAUCAACCAGUGGGCAAAUGUCACAAGAUGGGAAAUGCGUACCAAACCAUUUGUGCGAACACUGGAGUUCUUGUGGCAAGAAGGUCAUACAGCUCAUGCCACAGAGGAAGAAGCAGAGAAAGAGGCUCUGCAGAUGAUUGAAGUGUAUCGUAAAUUUUCCUAUGAACAAGCAGCUAUACCUGUUAUAGCUGGCCGCAAGUCCAGGGCAGAGACAUUUGCUGGUGCUCUUCGCACCUAUACAAUUGAAGCAAUGAUGGGUGACUGCAAAGCACUGCAGGCUGGAACUAGUCACAGUCUUGGGCAAAAUUUUUCUCUUGCAUUUGGUACUCAGUUCACUGAUGAAAAUGGACAACAACAACAUGUAUGGCAAACUUCUUGGGCAGUGAGCACACGUAUGGUUGGUGGCAUUAUCAUGACUCAUGGUGAUGAUCUAGGAUUAAGGCUUCCACCUAGAAUGGCUCCAAUACAGGUAGUAAUUGUUCCAAUAUGGAAGAAGCCCGAUGAGAAAAGAGGAAUAUUAGAGGUAGCAUCUAUCCUAGAAAACAUUCUUAAGGAAGCUAGCAUUCGGGUUAAAUUAGAUGACUCAGACCAAAAGACUCCAGGAUGGAAGUUCAACUUUUGGGAAAUGAAGGGGGUGCCUUUAAGGAUUGAAAUUGGUCCACGUGACCUCUCAAACAAGACGGUGGUUGUUUCAAGGCGAGAUGUUCCAGGAAAACAUGGCAAAGCUUAUGGAAUAUCCAUGGAGUCAUCAUUUAUAAAAGCAUAUGUAAAAGAAAAACUGGAAGAAAUACAAUCAGCUCUUUUGGCAAGGGCUAUAGCAUUCCGUGACAGCAACAUUGUUGAUGUAAAGUCUUAUGAAGAACUCAAAACAGUUAUUUCUGAAGGAAAAUGGGCACGAGGUCCUUGGGCCUCAGGUGAUUUUGAAGAAUUGAAGGUGAAAGAAGAGACAGGAGCAACAAUAAGAUGUUUCCCUUUUGACCAAUCUCCUGGAGAGAAAGUUUGUUUCAUGACAGGAAACCCUGCAAAUGAAGUUGCUAUCUUUGCGAAAUCUUACUAAUAUGUUCUUUUCUGUGAAUUGGAUUUAUUUGUUCCCAAUUGUCAUACAUCUGUAAAUCAACUAUAUAAUAUCAAGAGAUGCACAAAUCAUUUGGCAUUAUAUGUUUUGUAAUCUCCCCCCUCCUGGUUUUGGGCAUUGUUAUUUCCUGUUUAACGUACUAAGGUGUUAUAAUUUUCAGGAAGUCAUCUGAUUAGUUUCCCUUUACUGUGGCGCUAUAUGGUGGUAAUGCUGCAUUUGGUGGUGCUCUAUCCAUUUGCAAGAGUAAAGGAAAUCUUGCAUUUGGGUCCAUCGAUAUGAAAAGCACUUUUUUGGUUCGCACAAUUUACCAUGUGCUUUGGAAUGUAUUCAUUAAUAGAAGUUGAGAAGAGGGCUCUUGUAAUCUGUUUAUUACUACAACAAAUAUUUAGAGUUUUGCUUUCUUCAUAGUUCA